GAAGAAGAAGGAGCGUGCCAUCGCGGAGCUGUUUCCGGUGCUACGUGUAAACAAAGCCUGUUAGCGGCUCCGUUAGCGGCUUCGUGAGGACGGACCGGCGGAAAUCAGAAUCCGCGGAUUCGGUUACGAGAAAGUGGGUGAUGGAGUGAGCAGAGCCGGCGGGAUGUCCAUGGAAGACCCGUUCUUCGUCGUCAAAGGCGAGGUGCAGAAAGCAGUCAAUGCUGCUCAGAGCCUCCAUCAUAGAUGGAGCGAACUGAUGGUGGAGGGAGGCGGAGCCUCCAAGGAGGAGAUAGACUGGACGACCAAUGAGCUGAGGAACAGCCUGCGCUCCAUCGAGUGGGACCUAGAGGACCUUGACGAGACAAUCAGUAUUGUCGAGUCGAACCCAAAGAAGUUCAACCUGGAUGCUGCCGAGCUGUCGAAGAGGAAGGCCUUCAUCAACAGCAUGCGGGUUGCCGUCAAGGAAAUGAAAGCUCAGAUGUCGAUUCCACCUGCUGCUUCUGACCGAAAGAACAAACAGGCUCUGCUGGGUGAACGUGGCGCUCAGGGCCCUAUAUGGCAGCCUGGUGCAGAUAAGUACAGCCGACUGGACCACCAGCUACAGAACGCUAACUCUCAGAUCAUUGAGGAACAGCAGGUCCAGCAGCAGCUGAUUGCGGAGCAGCAGGAUGAGCAGCUGGAACUUGUGUCGGGAACCAUCGGAGUCCUGAAGAACAUGUCGGAGCGAAUCGGCAUGGAGCUGGAUGAGCAGGCCGUGAUGUUGGAUGACUUUGGCCAUGAAAUGGACAACACUCAGUCCAAACUGGACAACGUGAUGAAGAAGCUCGCCAAGGUGUCCCACAUGACCAGCGAUCGUCGUCAGUGGUGUGCCAUCGGCGUGCUGCUUACCAUCCUCUUCAUCAUCGUUCUCCUUUUCUUUAUACUCUGAUCAAUGCCUCCACCUAUCGACAUGAAAUCUUAAUCCCGUUUACUGGACUCCAUUUAUACUCUACUGAACAUUCUUUGGACUAUGCUGAACUUUAUUUAGACUCUAAUGGACUCUUCCUGCUGAUCGGGAGUGAACAGCACUUUUGGUUCCUUGAGUGUUUAACUGUUAGAACCACCUCAGAGGUCAAAGGUCAUGUUUGGUGUGGUUUUGAUUGGUUGUUCUUUUUAUUUAAAACUGAAAAUAACAAGUUUCACUCGAGUUUAAUGUGGACUUAUUCUGCUCCUUUGCACAGUAGCUUCGCGUGAGUCACAGCUCAAAGUAAUCCUUCUUUCAUUUGAUACUAGGCCUUGGUGCAGCCCCUCAAUUUAUCCUCCAACGCUUCAAGAUAGUCUUAUUGGCUGCCCCUCAUAAACAGAAGGUAUGAACAGCAGGUGGGUGGGGCAUCUAUCCUCUCUCUGUGGUAUCUUCCAGAUUCAAGAGUAGAAAAAAUGUUGAGAGCAGUCUGAGCUCUUGGCUCACAGGGAAAACUAUAUCCUCCUGAGAACCAAGGAAAAAGGAAUCUUUUUGUGAUUUCCUUCCUUUUUGGAGCUAAAAGAGGCCACCCAGACACAUGAGAUCUCAAUGGAAAGCCCAGGAUGUCCUCUAUUUAGUACGUCAGGACUUAGUAGGGUAGAACAAAUAAUUCAAAACAUAUAGACCAAAAGCAAAUGUCCAUUAGAGAGGAAAUGAUGAAUAGGCUGGUUCUCAGGAGGGUAUGCACUGUGACCUAAUUAUUAGAAACUUUAAUACAAACAUCCGUCACAGGAGCAGGAGACACAUGACAGGAAGUGAGGAGAGCAGGUCCACUUUAAAGACACUUUUAUCCAGUUGUGUUG